UUCCUCGAAAUAAUAAAUCAUCCCUUUAUGUACACUGAUGACGCACAAUUUAGAAAGAUGGAUAAAUUUUUUUUGUUUUGAUAUCAAGUUUUGAAAUGUCCUACUUAUUCGUGGCGCGACAACAAACUGGUUGACGUCACGACCGUUCGAUGGCAGUGCGAUCUUUCUCUACGAGAAAGAUGGAACCAAAGUGCUAUGACGUCAACUUUACGGUCUCCCCUCUUUCGUUCCAACCCUUUGGACAGUCGGUCUCGUGUAUACAACCUUUACCACCACGCCGCGGUCGUUUACCACCACCACUGUUGUAGCGAGUUUCACUACCACUACUAGCUUCACCAUCGUCAUCGUCAUCGCCAUCACACCAUGAGUUUGGCGUUCGUCGAACGUUUCGUACGGGUGGAAGAGAACGAUGUGUUUUCGUUUCAUAACGUUAAUGGAAGUAACUAAGCAGAGGUGACGUCGCGUACAUAGUGGAGAACGUAUGUUGGUGCAUCGAUUUCGAUAACGGGAGAACACGAAGGAGUCGGUGCGAGCAAAGUACGGGAGAGACAAUUAGAACGAAGAAUUUCGUGACGAGUCGAGGCAGACUAUAUGCUGGAUACGUUCCUUGGCAGUGACCGAGAGUAUCCUAGAGUGUCGUACCGUCGGAAAAAAACUUUGCCCCAAAUUUUUCGCCUUGCAAUGGAUCCUCCGAAAAGAGAGAAGAAACACAAGGAGAAAAGAAGGAGUAACGAGAAGAGGAAGGAAAAGUCUCGCGAUGCGGCGCGAUACCGUCGUAGCAAGGAGACGGACAUCUUCACGGAGCUGGCUGCUGCACUUCCGGUGCCAUCGGAGCAGGCUGCGCACUUGGACAAGGCCAGUGUCAUGAGACUCGCCAUCGCGUUUCUGAAAGUUCGUUCGGUGGUGGAUUUCAUACCAGGCCCGUUGACCAAGUCCGAGACGCUGAAUCAGAUGGACGAGCUAUUUUCCAAAGCUCUAAACGGCUUCAUGUUGGUGCUCUCCGGGGACGGAAACAUGGUCUACCUCUCUGAGAACGUCAGCGAUUAUCUUGGAGUAUCCCAGAUGGACAUGAUGGGCCAGAGCGUGUACGAGUACAGUCACCCGUGCGAUCACGACGAACUGCGGGAAUGCCUGUCCUCGAAGCCACCUGAGAACAACGAGAAGCGUGCUUGCAGUUUUUUCCUGCGACUUAAGUGCACGCUGACCAGCAAAGGCAGGAAGGUCAAUCUAAAGAGUGCUUCCUACAAGGUGAUUCACUGCACCGGUAGGUUAACGUAUAUCCGUGAUCCGGUGCCGAAUUCGUCGAAGGACAACGACGAGGAGCCGAAGAGCGACGACGAGGAGAACGAACGAGAUAAUGGUGCCUCGUUGGUGCUCCUAGGAUGUCCCAUACCGCAUCCUAGUAACAUAGAAAUCCCAUUGGGUCGUCACACGUUCCUCUCCAAGCACACUCUCAGUAUGAAAUUCACGUACGCCGAUGAAAAAUUGGCCGAGUAUCUGGGCUGGAACAGCGAGGAGUUAGUGGGGCAGUCCGUUUUCGAGUUCUAUCACGCCCUCGAUAAUUUGGCUCUGGACAAAUCUUUUAAAUCACUAUUCAGCAAAGGCCAGUGCGAGACUGUAGCCUACAGAUUCCUCGGGAAGCGCGGAGGCUACGCGUGGAUCGUGACACAGGCUACUCUGAUCCAUUGCUCGAAGCAGCAAAAACCGCUCUCUGUCGUCUGCGUGAAUUACGUUCUAAGCGGCGUGGAGCGCGAGGAUGAGGUGUACAGCGCGCGGCAGCUCGCAGCUCGUGACACCGAGAAGGCCGUGAAGUUGGAGCCGGCUGUCUCUAGCGACGCCGUCGAGCCGCCGCGAACGACCAAGCUCCGUCUUCAGGUGCAAGUGAACAGGAAGAAGCUCGAGGAGAGCUCGUUGGACAACGAGCAACAGUUCUCCGUGUCGGUGGUGAAACCGGAACCUGCUACCGAUCGCGCCAAGCCGUUGACAGUGACUAGCUUGAUCUUCCGCGCUGCGGACGUCAAGCCGAAGAAAGAGGUUGUUCAGCUUCGGGACGGCUCGCGGAAGGAUAACACCUUCCCGAGACCGGUCCAGUCUACAGAGAAAUCGUUCGCCGGUGUGAAGGCUCUGAAGGAGUCUCUCGAAGAAUCGUUGAAGGAGAACAGCGAGCCAAAGAAGAAGCAGCAGAGUCGUCAGCAACCGAUUAGCAGCCGAGCUCCCUUCGUGUUCCAGGGUAAACCCGCGUUGGAAUACGAUCCGGAGACCGCGGUUCGUCAGAACAGGCCGCACGUAGUUACCAGACACCUGUUCACUUCGAUCGCCAGUCAGCAGCAGCAGCAGCAGCAGCAGCAACAGCAAGAGCAGAUCACUUGCAGACCACCGCCUCAGACUGCUACAGCGAGUAUCUUCGCACCUCGUACCAAGGACAUGAACAAAGGCUUCUUGACUUUCAGCGAGGAUCAUCCAGGUCUUACGAUGCUGAAGGACGAGCCGGAGGAUUUAACGCAUCUGGCGCCUACACCUGGCGACGUGUGCGUCCCCCUCGAAGACACGCCUUUCCUCACGGACAUGCUCGACGAGUUUAUCCUUGGCAGCGACAACUAUUGUCCUUUGCUCAGCCCCGGCGGAGCUCUACCCCCCGAACUGCGAUCCACGGACUUCAGCGACCCCCUCAAGGACACCGAGUUGGGAGACACUCCGAGGAGCAAGGAUCUAGGGGAGUCUCUGGCCGACAGCGAUCCGUUCAUGUACGGCGACUCGCCGAGCAGUCCUUGCAGCAUCGAUCCAAGCGCGGUUUCACCGCCCCUUGGCAAGUACCGUCAAAGUCCAGAACGAAGUAUAGAUUCGUUGGGCAGCCCGACAGCUGGCAGCGGAGCGGAUGGAUUGUCGGAAGACGAGAUGUUGAUGUUAGGUCUGAACGACAGCAUAGCCGAUGACGAGUUAGAGCUGAGAGCUCCUUAUAUCCCGAUGUCCGAUCAGGACGAGGCGUUAGAUCUACUGAUCAGUAACGACAUGGUCAUGUGGAGCCCUCCGCACGCGACGGAUCAAAAGAGUUGUCCGAAAUGGAUGAUAGCUGAAAAGGAGCAACGAACGAGCGAUUCCAGUCUAGCGCAGCUACUGAAGACGGACCAGGUGGUGUCCAGGAAGUACAACGACCAUGGCGGAGGCCUAGUGAACCCGGUCCAAGUUCUCGGUCAAAUCCCUAGAAAAAGCGUAAAUCUAGAUAACUGCCACUGGUUCUCCAAGAUGGACAGACCAACGAAGCGCAUUCACACUGCCUCGAUAGACGUAGAGAACGACAAUAAGCGGAUCAAAUGCGACGAGUCCUCGAAACGCAGCGGUCACCCCGAUCUCGAAGAUCAUCUACUGACCAAGCAGCAGCCGUCCUCGAGAAAGUCGUCCAACUUUGGCAAUAGUCAAUUGCUGCGUCGCCUGGUGUCUCAUCAGAACGUUCUGCGGAACAACUUCGCGAACGAAUCGUUCGAAGGCACGGUGAACGGUCGACUGAGUAAUCGAAUACAGAAUGCAGAACUAGACGGAGAGGAUGCCGAGGCGGACAGCGGCGGCGGUGGUAUCGGCGAUGGCGGUGGAAGAAAAUGCAAGACGGACGAAAACGGAAGGUGUCGUCGGAACGGCGUAGAAAAUGGCGACGCGAUCAGUCAGAUCUCUCAGCGGAAUCCAACGUGCAACAGCGUGCUAAUGAAUCUCCUGGUAUCUGGCUGCGACGAAAACUUGAUGGACUCGCGGAACGUGCCGUCGAUGUACCCGAAGAGCCUGAUGUCCCCGCUGUCGGUGAACCUGGAAAAUCAUCAAAUGGUGCCUCAAUGUCCAGACUCCAAAGGAUCCAGCGCGUCGUUCGAGCAACUCAGCCCACCGUCGAGAAAGCAGCUGUCCUCCGGCUCGUUUAUGAACGGGAGCGGGUCGAUGGUGUCGCCCUCUUCGCCCAUCAUGCCGUUCGAAAGCUACGACUACGACCCUAGCAUGUCGGCCAGUGGACUACUGCAGGUUGAACCUGACCUCUUUGAAACUCUGCUGGAUCGGAAUCUCGUCUAAGCGUUCGCGAUUAAUCCGGGGACAAGCCGAUUCGUUGGUUAGGUUAGGUUCGACGGGGACUUGGAUGCGAGAUGGAAAAAGAAAAUGGCGUAGAUGCAAUAUCGAAGGCGAGAUAUAGGCGAAGUCGGUUUGUGGUUACGGGCAAUUAAACGCUGCGUCGACGCAGUUCUAGACGAUUCAGGGUGUUUUUUCUUCUUUACGAUUGCGAUCGCGCGUAUCGUGCAGAUAUAUCGAUAUUUUUUCAUUGGUAAUUGUGCUAUGUAUAACACGCCGUGAUGGAUCCGCGGGAACAGCGAUCGUACUUUUCUCACACGAAAGUGCCAAUGCAUUUUUAGGGUUUGUUAGCCGUUAAGUCUGUAGUAUAAAGAUGGAGGAACGAUUCGCCAUUUGUAGGACCGGUUUUACGAUAAGCCUGACCAGAACUCGGUCCGAUUGUAAUAGAGCAUAAUCCUCUCUAUUUAAUGAUUUUAUACGCGUGAGAGGGAUACAUUCGAGUGCACGUUUCGUUGUUCAUUCAUUUGGAUUGUUAGCGAUUCGAGAAUGGAAAAGGGAUCGUGGAUGAGGAGUAUACAGCGAUCGAUUGUUCUCGAUGAGGUAAUCGAGGUUAUUGUUAAUUCGAGAGAAAUGAAGGAUGAGAUAGGAGAGGAUGGAACACGUGUGGCACUCGUUUCUAUAUUGUAGCCGGUUGAUACGGCGUUUAUGGCGAGGCUUUCGUGAUAACCAUGCGAGUUUAUCGCGAUCCUCGUCGUCGUUGUUACUGUUUUUUAUAGUUUUUAACGAGUCCAAUCCGAGUAUCAGUUGUUAUUACCAUAUAUUGUAUUACGAUUUAUUGUUCUAUGCACGUAUUUUGAGGAACACUAUAAACGCUAACGCAAUACAUAUUUUUACGUAUUCAGUUAUUGAUACA